AUGGACAAUAUCGAUGCCUUGGAUAGGCAAUUAGCUGACCUACAAAUGUGCAAAGAAGGCAACACACCUGGAAAAAUGAAAAAGAUACCUCCAGCAGUACCCCCGAAAAAGAAAGCACAACCACAAGUACCACGCAGCGCCUUAGUUAAUACACUCCGGGAACCAUCUUAUUCUUCAAAAAUAUCACCAGUCCAUUUCAGA